AUGUUGUAUGAGUAAGUACUUACUAUCAAAUUUUUUUUUUAAUAGAGUAGAGGCUGUAUAGACAAAACCCAUUUGCUAAAGGCUGUAGACAACAAAUAAAAGUUUAAAAAACAUUCAAUUUAUCUCGACUUAAAAUAUGACAUGGCUGUAUGGAUAAAAGUCCUUUGCCUACCCUGAAAUGGGUGAAAAAAUUAAAAAAAAAAAAAAAAAUCAAUUUAUCUCACCGUCACGUCACGUCAAUUUGUUCGCUCAUACGGUUUAUUUCUUCACUUCACGGGGAAAGCAAGUCUUCUCUGUAAUAUUUUUUUAAAGUUAAACUUCUAAUUCAAGCACAAGUUAUCGAAACAUAAACUUUGUAAUCCGACAACUAUCGUAAUAUCAGUGAUAAAAUGAUUGAAUUGUACCUAUGCUUAGAAUGAAAUUGUCAAACGCUCUCAAUGGCCGUGUUUUCCGUAUGUCAAUAUUGAGAUUUUCAUCGUUCUAAAAGAAUAAAUAUCGUGAUGUUACUAGCUGAUUAUCUGACGAUGGACGCUUUUCAGUGGCGGAAAUGGUUUCUCAUAUUUAUAAUAAUGUUAUCCAGAAGGCUAGACACAGUCGAAGCCCUAAAGUGUUACUGCAACAGUGAGGCAUGUCCAAAUAACACUUGCGUGACAGAUGGCUACUGUUAUGCCACCACCAGCAUCGAGAAUGGGGUCCAGAAGUUCACCUACCAAUGUUGGGACCGGAAACAGUUCUUCCCCCCGGGGGACAGGCCCAUAUGGUGUCGCGAGGCGGAGCACCCGGAUAUUAAAUGCUGCUCCACGGACUACUGUAACCGUGACAUCUUCCCAGGUACGGAUCUGCGGAUGUGCCGUCAACCGUCAUGCCGCCUGGGUAGCUUGUUGUGAUGUCCUCCUCGGAUGUUUGUCCAGCCACCAUGUCAUCCAUGGUGUUCUAACCAACAAUUACUCGAGUCAUUUGUCGACGCCACUUUGUUAUCGGUGAUGCAUGCACUGAGAAUGUGACCUCUCAUGUGGUCCCGUAUUCGGAUUUAAUCUCACUGAAAUAAAUUAAGUUUGCUAUGAUAUGGCUGUUUCACUUUUACCAAUGUCAAAGAGGUUAUAUUUAAGCGAAAUUGGGGGAUAAUAUUACUACAUGUAUUUUGGAGGGUAUGUCUAUACUCCUUGGGAGAAUUCGUUCGGACAUGUAAUAGCACAAUGGGUUUAUUCAUCGCUACCAGCAUUUGUCCAAUCAUAAGCUUGAAUGUGGGGGAUAUAUUCUAGACGAAAGUUAUAAAUUCUAGGAUUGCCGUAUGCCUGUCGGGCAGUCUUGCAGAUAUGAAGUCGUAAGUGAUCACGAGCCGGUUUAAUAUUAUUUUCUUUUCACUUUGCAUGGUUUUCAUUAUUAAUUUUCCACUGCAACCUAAUUUGAUAUUAGAGCUAGAGCCAGUGACUAACAUUGCUUGACAUUUUUAAACCGUUGCCUCGGGACUGGAAUAAAUCAAUCUUUUAAUGGUUUUGUUUUUCAAAUAAUUCAUACUGUAGACCGUCCUCUGACUAUAAUGUAUAUAAAAUUAAUAAGCAUACAUUCGCUGUUUUUUUUUUGAGCUUCUUUUAAAGUUUAAAAUUAUCGUUACCACCAUAUAGCGAAUAUAACGUUAUUCACUUGGAUAGA